AUGGGAGGCACACUAGAAGUAGACGAAUCACACUUGCACGCUUUCAUGCGACAUUGUAGUGAGACGACGUCCUUCAUCCCUGGUUCUGCAAGAAAUUUCCAAGUAGUGCUAAUGAAUUAUAAGGCAAGUCAAGGACAUUCAACGCAACAAUUUAUGGAGGACAUCGCUACAACAACAUUUGCUCGUGAUUUUGGAACAAAUGUAUGGAAAUGGGCCACCAUGUUCAUGAAACACCAUGGAUUAGUGGAUGAGGGUGACAUAAAAAAUGUUACUACAAUGUUUACCACAAAACGUGUUGAUAGAUUGCCUUUUGUGGCUUGUGUUGUGAAGGACUAUAAGCCAAAUGGGUUGGGUGAUCUAUUUAUCACUAUGAAGGACCAAACACAUACUGCCCAAGCCAACAUCCACAACAAAGCAGUUUCAAAUCUUGAAUGUGGUCUACAAAUUGGUGUUGAGUUUGUCAUAUUACUGAAAGAAUUUGGUAUACACAAGUCCACUCCAGAUAAGUUAUACCUAAACAUUACACUAAAGAAUAUUGUUAAGGAGAGAGCUGAAAAGGAUCCAUACUUGAACAAAGCUGGACUCAACUUUCCUCUCAAGGCUAAGAAAUUUUUGGAGGCUAAAUGA